UCUCUUCCAGCCAAUUACUCUCUCUCUCUCCCCUCUGUUCUCUUUUGUCCUCUCUUCAACGGUGCUCGGUGUUCUCUCCCCAGUCUGCUGUAGCCAUUACAGAUAGGUUUCGAACUGAGCUGCUUCCUCGAAUCUUAGGGGUUUACGAGCUAGGGUUUCUUGGUCGCAGGUCGAAAAUGGAGAGCGAUGAAGAUAAUAAUGGAUUCGAGAUUGAUAGAUCGCCUGGCGCCCUAGUUUGGGUUCGCCGGCGGAAUGGAUCUUGGUGGCCUGGCCGGGUUCUUGGGAUCGACGAGCUGCCGGAGAUUUGCUUGAACAUGCCGAAAUCGGGGACUCCCAUCAAACUUCUUGGGAAAGAGGAUGGGAGUGUUGACUGGUAUAACCUUGAAAAAUCAAAGCGUGUAAAGCCAUUUCGUUGCGGAGAGUAUGAUGAAUGCAUCAAAAAGGCCAAGGAGCAUGCACUUCGCUCUAAUAGAAAGCCAGUGGUCAAUAAAGGGAAGUAUGUCCGCAGAGAAGAUGCAAUCGUCCAUGCGCUUGACCUUGAAGAGGCUCGCUCUUUGGGUGGAAAUCAUAACUUUGCUUAUGGGAGUACUAGUUCGACUGUAAUAUCGGAUAAAAGUUUUGGCCUACGAUCAAAUAUUACAAGGCAAAAUGAAGAAUCAGCUGAUGUUGCCAAAAAAUCCUGCAAACUUAAAAAAGCAAAUCAGAAGUUGUCCCAAUCUGGAAUCCCAUUUGUACACCGCUGUAAACUGAGCGCAAGCAACAUGCAGCACAUGCAAAAAAAGCGAUGGAAAACGCCAAAUGAUUCAGAGGAUGAUGCAACUAAGGGAAUGAAGCGCAUGAGAGAUCUUCAUGAUCUAGGAGUGGGAAUAAUUUUAAAGAGAGAACCAAAUGGGUGUGUUCUUCCUGACACUGCUUCACUCAGUGAGUCGGACUUUGAUAAUGAUCUUUCUAGCGAUACUCCUCUAAAUAGCAGUAGAGAUUCCUGUUCGUCUUUGAAAAGGAAACGACCCAAUGUUGGCCAAGCUAAUGAGAAUUCAAAAAAGAAAUGUCGCCGCCGUUCACUAGCAGAGUUUUGGAUGGAUGCAACAAAAGUGAAGAAACCAUCUCAUCAUCAGAGUACUAUUUCAGAAGAAUCAUCUCAGGGUGUGACAGAUAUCAAAGUUAUUGCUGAGAAUUCUACUUCAAAGAUGGAAGACUAUCCAUCAGUAACUGAUAAUAGCCCGGACUGUUCAGGGACUUCAUGUGAAGAGGCUUUACUUAAUAGCCAUGAGAUUGCUGGUAAUGCUGCAACUGCUCACUUGCACUCCAAAAUGAAAGACGAUCUGUUUUCAGACAUUUUGGAGUUUAUUGACAAUGAUUUCUCUGGUGGUUUUGUUGAUGUUCCUGUUAUGGCAGGUGAGAAUGCUCAAGAUCUCCCCCCUACACUCGAAGCACUUUCACCAGCAAAGCUGAACUCCGUAGGAGAAGGAAACCAAUCUAAUCAUUGCAUUCAGGUUAGUCUAAUUUCACAGUUAAAUGAAGGACUAGUUGAGGCAUGUUCUACUAGCUCUUCAAGUCAAAUUAACAAUAUGGGACAAAAAAUUGAUAUGGGUACCUCAGAAUGGCAUACCAAAGGGAAAAGGAAUGUGAGGCACUUAAGUUUGAACAAGAUUGUAGAUUCAGAAAGCAUGGUUUAUAGGACAAACAAAUCUGAAACUUUCUUGUUGAAGAAUAAAAGAAGUUCUCUAAAAGAAACGGCGAACAGCACUUCCGAUGAGUCACUGACAUCUGACAGUAGUUGCCAACAAAUAAAAUGUAUAUCAGUUUCAGAAGUUCGUGAUUUGAUUGAAGAUCAAAAGCCCAAAAUUUCUUCAAUAAAUGCUGAGAAUGUAAAUUCCACUUUGCCAACUCAAAUGGCACUUCCACCUCGAAAAAUUCGGUUACCAUCAAGAUACCGAGAGUCAGAGGAGAACAAUUGUUGUCUUUAUGAUGUCGAGUUGAAUGUGCAAUCAAACUACCAGGGGCAGAGAGUUCCUCUAGUUUCUCUUAUGAGCAAAUUUAACGGAAAAGCCAUUGUAGGUCAUCCUGUCACUGUUGAGGUUUUGGGUACCAGCAGUAUCAAGAAAUUGCAGAAAGAUAGGUUUCCAUGGUCCAAUAAGAGACCUACCAGCGGUAAAAAAUUGGGUUUUUCUACUAGAAAAAUUCGAAGACUAUCUUCAUUUGCUGUUGAUCGCAAAGAAAAGGGGCUUGGGAGAAAGUUAGUUGUCGGUAAAAUUGGGGGUCAAGCUGUUUCUUGUAUCCCACUUAGACUUGUUUUCAGUAGGUUGAAUGAAGCAUUGAGCAGUUCAUCACGAUCAGCCAUCUAAGCUUUUGUUGUGCCCUGAGACCGAGAUUACUCACUGGAUCUUUUUGAAUCUAUGGAGGAUGAGAAUGAUUGCUAAGUUGGAGAUUGUAAAUUUUUGUGGUCCUCUUGUUUAUAUGUUUUGUAACCUGAGUUUGUGUCGAGGGUCUCCCUUGAUGAUGUAGGGAGAAUUUAAUGUCAGUACUUUUGUUUGGAAAGUUUGUCAUGGCUGUAUAUGAUGUAGGAGUUCGUGAUGGUACAUUUUUGCUUAGUUCAGUUCAUGAAAAAAAAAAUCAUUCUCA